AUUUUCAAAUUAUGUACAUCUAGUUUUAGAUAGAAUAUAGUAUUGUAGUUAGAUAUUUAGAUGAGACAUGAUGAUGAGUUACUACAACUGCAACUAAAUCCAAAUCCUUGUUUGUUCCGUUCUCCCUCUGUGUUCAUGUCAUGGAUCCCCCUUUAAUAUCAUCCCCCAUCAUUCCCUCAACUUCCUUGUUUACACCCAAGAGGUUACUUGGUAUAUUUUGUGUGAUUAACUUGUUAAACUAUUUGGAUCGAGGAGCAAUAGCUAGCAAUGGUGUUAAUGGAAGUAGGGGAACAUGUACUGAAGGUGCUGGCACUUGCACUUCUGGUACAGGAAUACAGGGGGAUUUUAAUUUGAACAAUUUUGAAGAUGGGGUUUUAUCAUCUGCUUUUAUGGUUGGACUUCUUGUGGCUUCUCCAAUAUUUGCCUCUCUAGCUAAGAGUGUAAAUCCAUUUAGACUUAUAGGAGUUGGAUUGUCAGUUUGGACUCUUGCAACCUUUUUUUGCGGUCUUUCUUUUAAUUUCUGGUCCAUUUCAGUCUGUCGCAUGCUUGUUGGUGUUGGUGAGGCUUCGUUUAUAAGUCUAGCAGCACCUUUUAUUGAUGACAAUGCCCCAACUUCUCAGAAAACAGCGUGGCUCGCAAUAUUUUACAUGUGUAUACCGUCGGGAUAUGCACUUGGCUAUGUCUAUGGUGGUUUGGUUGGAAGUUAUUUUGGUUGGCGUUAUGCAUUCUGGGUAGAGUCUAUAUUGAUGCUUCCAUUUGCAAUUUCGGGAUUUUUAAUGAAGCCUUUACAGUUGAAAGGUUUUGUUCCUGCUGAUUUGAUGAAGGAACAAGUACCUGACACAGAUGCAUCAAGAGUUCAAGUCAGAAACACUUCCAAUGACAGAGAUGAGUCACUGUCCUUAAAGGAAGAGUUUGGAGAUAAAAGCUCAAAUGACCAAUCCAAGUCUAAAUCUGCCACAAAAAUGUUUGAUCAGUUCUCAAGAUUUUUGACUGAUAUGAAAGCCCUCCUUCUUGAUAAGGUUUAUGUUAUCAAUGUGCUAGGUUACAUAGCAUACAACUUUGUCAUAGGUGCUUACUCAUAUUGGGGUCCCAAAGCUGGCUAUAAUAUUUAUCACAUGACUGACGCAGAUUUGGUAUUUGGAGGAAUUACGAUUGUAUGUGGAAUAGUAGGCACACUAGCUGGAGGCUUUAUUCUGGAUUUUAUGAAUAACACCUUAUCAAAUGCAUUUAAGCUUCUCUCAGUGACAACAUUUAUUGGUGCAGCGUUUUGUUUUGGCGCCUUUUUAUGCAGAAAUGUGAAUGGCUUUCUUGCUCUUUUUGCUAUUGGUGAACUUUUUGUUUUUGCCACUCAGGGUCCUGUGAAUUAUGUAUGUCUCCAUUGUGUUAAACCAAGUUUGAGGCCUCUAUCCAUGGCCAUGUCUACUGUUGCCAUUCAUGUUUUUGGAGAUGUUCCUUCCUCACCUCUUGUUGGAGUUCUCCAGGAUAGCAUUAACAACUGGAGAACAACUGCAUUGAUCCUAACAACCAUACUGUUUCCAGCUGCUGGAAUAUGGUUUAUCGGAAUAUUUGUGCAUAGUGUUGAUAGAUUUGAAGAUGACAAUGAGCAUCAAAUGUCAAAUGUUGAGAGGUCAUGCGCUAUACCAUUGCUUCACGAGAAGACCGGAGAAUCAUCAACAUCUCAUGCAUAAUCUCAAAGAAAGUUGAUUUUCUUCAAGCACAACACAGUUUUUCCAACAAUGACAUCCACCAUAUUGUAAACAACUCUUUUUCUUUUGUUCUACACAGUUAUUAUUUAUGUAGAAAUUACCAACAAUUAUUUUAAGUCUAAAAGAAACUUGUUCUUUAUUACAAAAUUGACAAGCAUACAAUCUUUGACUA